AUGAGGAAGUGGAUUGAUCGAGACUUUGAUGACGAUUUGUCUUUAACGUUGUUCUUGGUUGAUGUGUUUGGUUGUGGGUUUGUGAUUUAUAGCCGUGAUUGGUGUAGUGAUUCUUUGGUUGAGUUUUUCAUUGUCGGUGACGACGUCACUGUGUGUGGGACGACUAGUUUGUUGAAGAAGGGUGGUGUUUGGUUAUAG